AUGGGCGCCUCCACCAGCUCCACCAGCGUUACGCUCGCAGAUCUGCUGAGCACACGAUUUGCCCCCAUCCAAGAUGCUAUAAUGGCCUCCAUGGGCCCGUUGGAGAGAAUCGCUCUGAUGUUGACAAGCAAGACCAUCAACAAGAAUAUCAACGAGAAGCUCCUGAGUGGGACAUUCAACAUCGACGUCACACUACAGCCGUUCUUCCGGAACACAAAAGCCUUCCGCUCAUUACAAGCUCGUUGCAACGCUCUUAUUGGCGGCCCCUUCGCCUAUUGCCUCUUCGCUGGGCUUCCUCGUUUCGACUCUAUCUAUCUAUAUGUCGGUCAAGAGGUCGAUGCUAUGACCCGAUACCUGGAGGCUGAAAACUACGUGCGAGAUGAAACCAACGCAGAAGCCCCCAUUCGAUAUCGCGACGGAGAGGUCGUGUCAGAAGAUGUAUAUGAGAAGGAUGGACCCGGGGGGCGCAAGCUCAAAGUCGUGAUUACCAAAUGUCAGACGCAGUCUCUUGCACACAUGAUCUUGCAAGACACGUAUGCAACAGGAAUGCUAACAUUCAUCACCUGGAACAAGGCAUACCAUCUGUUACCUCAUACAACGUUCGUCAGGCGGGAGAUGUUCCUGCUGCGUAAUAUCAAAGAGAUGGAUCCAUAUGAACUGAGACUCUUCAGCCUACGUGGCAUGAAGAUCAAGAGCGUACAUUGGAACGCGCAUGAUGAGAUUCGCCCGACGGAUUGCCAACUGCUCACCCGGCUUCGGCGCGUGGGAGAUCAACACACCUGGGUAAUGCCUUUGAACACAGAGGGUGUUACGCCAUCUCCUGUUCCAGACGCCGUUCUUGAGGCCUCCACGUUUCGUCUUGACCUGCCAGAUUGGGACGACCAUAAAACUCUUUUCUACGAGAUGAACGUCUGCACUAAGCUUCGCCAUCCAGUACUGCGACAUACGUACUCAACUACGAGGUUUCACGCCAGAAUCGAGAUACCGUACUACGAGAAGAUAUCAAAGCUUUACGACCGACUAAGCGAGGCGACUGCGAUUGAGUUGACGAAGAUGGAUGAGGAUGAGCGGCCUAAGGAGUACGACCACUUGGUGAACGGCUCAGCCAUAGCAUGCGAUAUGGAAGGAUUCGUUCGACCAGACGAUUGGUGCUAUUCCGAUGAAGACGUUAGAGCGUUCCUGAUGGCUGCGUGGAAAGAGCAAGUACGGUUGGAAGAAGAAGAAGAAGAGGAGCUACUGCUAGACCAUAGAUCGGCGAAGCGAGCAAGGCGAUCUUGA